AUGCUCGAUGCUCCACCCCCCACACCCUCGGGAGAGGCACGACCGCCACGACAUGCCCCACAAGACCGACAAGCACCCCACCUCGAGAUUCAUGUCAACCAGGACAUCCUUUGUCUCCGCGGCACCGGCGUCGAUGUGAACCCCUCCCUCCUCAGCGGCAACGUCGUCCUCCACCUCUCCGAGCCCACAUCCAUCAAGGAGAUCACCCUCCAGUUCAGAGGCAAGGCCCGCCUCCCUGCCUCCGCCGCAGAGCCGCUCGCGCUCAGCACCUCCCAGCUGACCUUCGUCGUGUGCAAUCACGAAUGGUCCUUCCUCGAGGGCGACCGCCACCAUGCCCACACCCUCAAGGCCGGGCGCCACCUCUUCCCCUUCCAGCUCCAGAUCGGCGGCUCCCUCCCUUCCACCAUCUACACCUCUGCCAUGGGCGGUGCCUCUGUCCAGUACAAGCUCCGCGCCCAGCUCGUCCGCGGCGGUUUCGGUCUCACCCAUCGUGAUAUCACCGCCCUCCAGCCCAUUACCAUCAUGCGCGGGUACGGCACCGAGGCGCUCGAGUACCAGCAAACGCUCGAGAUCGAGAACACCUGGCCCGAGAAGCUCAUGUAUUCCAUCAUGAUCCCCCACAAGGCGUGGGCCGCCGGCGAGCGGCUCACCGCCAUCGUCAAGUUCCAGCCGCUCGUCAAGGGCGCCCGUGUGCUCGCCGUCACGACGACGAUAAACGAGACCGUCAAGCUCUGGUCACGCGCGGGCUGCCAGGACAACACCCGGGUCAUCGCGAGUACCAAGCACGACAUCGUCGACGGCAAGGCCGUCUGCGUCCAGGAGCAGCACCAUCGGUUCCGCGUCCCAAUCCUCGGCGGUUCCUCGACCUCUCGCGUUUCGACCCCCGCGCAGACCCCUGGCCACGCGCACUCGCACAGCACGGGCUCGUACUUCCCCCCCGUCGCCUCGUCCUCGAGUCACUCCACGUUCCAUUCUCCCGCGCAUCCCCCCGCAGAGCUCCCGUCGCUCACGAGGGCGCAUACAAGAACGUCGUCGAAUGGUCCCUCAGUAGGGACGUCCACGGCGGGAAGCACGGCGGAUCUGCAGUCACAACCAUUCACGUCGCCUUCAGACGACCUGCUGAUGGACCCGGCAAACGAUGUGGUUACUUCUCUGAACGUCACUGUGCCGCUGCACGCGACGCCCAGCCACUCGCUAGAGCCCAUUCAGGUGACCCACCGUGUCAGGUGGUCGAUCCUCAUCAGCAACCUCGAUGGACACACGUCCGAGCUCCGCUGCUCCCUCCCCAUCCACGUCCUCGACCACCGACUCGCCGAAGAAGCGCGCGUCGCCACCCUCGCCACCCGCCGGCUGCUCCUCGGCGCGGGCGACGUCGACGGCGGCGAGGCCGUUCUCGGAGACGAAGACGCGGACGCGGACGCGCUGCCCUCGUACCCUUCGCACGUCCGCGACCGGGUCGCGAACGCCUACCUCCCGGACGCGGCGACGAUGCGCGUCGCGAACGCGUGGGUCGUAAACGGCAUGAGCCCCACGAUCGCCGCGGACCGCGCCGGCGCGCACUCGGGCUCCUCGAGCGGCAUCGAGAGCCCGGCCGUGUUCGAGACGUGGCAGGUCGGGCCCGGGAUGACGCGCCCGCUGCACUCGGAGCACCUUCCGCACGAGCCGCAGCCAGGCGCGCACCCGCUCGAGUGGGUCAACACCGAGCUCCUGCUCAGCCUCGGACGGGAGGCCCCGGAGGCCCCCGCCGUCGUCACGCAGCGCGCGACGCCCCCGAGCCGCACCCCGCCCGAGUCCGCGCACGCCAGCAGACACGGGAGCCGCUUCCCCUCGCGCCGCGGGUCUCGCGCGAACUCUCGCGCCGGGUCCCGCUCUGGCUCGCCCGAGCGCACACCGCCCGAGUCCGAGCACGGCGCGUCCGCGCCGCCGCCGUCGGUCCCGGCCGGGACGACGUUCGUCCACGGCCAGAGCACCGCGAGCCGGCACACGAACGGGCUGUUCCACAUCGCGAUGAAGCCGUUCUCGAGCCUCGGCUCGACGUUCACGCUCGGCUCGCGCUCCGGCUCGCACGCGAACCUGCAGGCACUCGCGGCCGCGGUCGCGCACGGGCACCCCGCCGGCGCGUCGGGGGCGUCGACGCCCGCGGAGGCCGCGCCGGUGCCGAUGACGUCGCAGGAGAUGCUCCACCACGCGUUCACGCAGGUGCCAGACUACGACAUGGCGAGCCGCGGCUUCCUCGGCGGGGGCAUCACGCCGCUCGAGAGCGUGCGGGACCUGCCGACGUACGAGAGCGCCGUCGCCGGGGGCGCGCGCAGCUUCAGCGACGGGGACCUCGCGGGGAUGUUCGCGGCGCACGGGGCGCGGCCGUCGUCGGUGCCGCCGCGGUCGGGGGUCGCGCGGUCGUCGACGUCGACGAGGUGA